CCAUCCAUCCUCUGAUCAGAACGCCCGCGAUCCGCCAUCGAAGUAUCUCACCCCGUCGUCUCGGUUUGGAAACCCAAAAAGGCCCCACCCCAUCCCCACAGGCCACCGCAAAAAAAUAUCACCCCCCUCGCGGAUCACACCGUAGGAAGCGGUGGCGUAGGCAACUCUCUUUUCUCGCUUCAUAUCUUUCAUCUCCCCUUUCUAAGGCCUCCGUCUCUUCUCAGCUCUAUCGUUGUAUUCCGUUCUACCAGGGCAAAAUAGAGAAAAUGAGUACAUUAGAUGCAACAAGAGCGGAGCUUGCUCUCUUGGUUUUGUAUUUGAACAAAGCUGAAGCCAGAGAUAAGAUUUGUAGGGCUAUUCAGUAUGGAUCAAAAUUUGUGAGCAAUGGACAGCCUGGCACUGCGCAAAAUGUUGACAAAUCAACUAGCUUGGCAAGAAAAGUUUUUCGACUUUUAAAGUUUGUUAAUGAUCUGCAUACUCUUAUAAGCCCCCCUCCCCGGGGAUCCCCUCUUCCACUUAUUUUACUUGGAAAGUCCAAAAAUGCAUUGCUAUCAACUUUCUUAUUUCUAGAUCAAAUUGUAUGGGCUGGCAGAACAGGGAUUUACAAGAACAAAGAACGCGCUGAGCUAAUUAGCAAGAUAUCCCUUUUCUGUUGGAUGGGUUCCUCAGCUUGCACUACUUUAAUUGAGCUAGCAGAGCUUGCAAGGAUAUCAGCAUCAAUGAAGAAGUUAGAGAAGGAGCUGAAGGAAGCUGAUAAAUAUAAAGAUGAGCAGUAUCGCAACAAGCUCAAACAGUCAAAUGACAGGUUGCUGUCUCUGGUGAAGGCUUCCAUGGAUAUUGUGGUUGCUAUUGGACUGCUUCAACUGGCGCCAAAGAAAGUCACUCCUCGAGUAACAGGAGCUUUUGGAUUUAUAACCUCUCUCAUUUCCUGUUAUCAGUUGCUUCCUGCCCCUGCAAAGUCAAAGACAGCAUGAAAGUUGUUCUCCCUCUUUGGACCUUCAGUGAUGUCAAUAAUACCCCCAUAUCAUAGGGUUUGUGGAUGGUGAGGCAAACUCAGUUCUUCACCUGAUGUCUCUGAAACAAUAUAUGAUGCUAGAACUUUGAUGUUUGGAUGGUUAAAAAUGCACUCAUUGUUAUGUAGCAUUGUUAAAGGAAUGUUUCAGCACUGCGUAUAGACAUGAUCAACAUCAAUCUUGAAGUUAAAGUGCAUAUAACUUCAAUUAUAUCA